UGUCAGUGGGUCACGAUUUGUUCUCACACAGCUGCGCUGCACAUUAAAGAGGGAGCUCAUCUCCACAGGAAACAUCUGAGAGAGACAAAACAGGAAUGCCAACGCCUGCUGCCCGUCACAGCAGAACCAUCGUGUGACCAUGUGCAUAUGACGAGCUCCUUUUGUUCCCAAGUACCAGUUGUGUUCAGGGCGGAAUGUCACGACGGGACCAGAGGUUUCGUAGAGGAAUGAAAGGACGGUGUAGUGAAUGCGGCUGCAUCUUGUUUCACUGGUACUAUGAGCGGGAGAAGCGGCUCUACUGUAAGAAGCAUUACUGGACCCGUUAUGGCGAGCAGUGCCACGGCUGCAAGGAACCCAUUACAACAGGACUCAUCAUGGUUGCUGGAGACCAGAAAUUCCAUCCUGAGUGCUUCACUUGUAUGAGCUGUGGCAUGUUCAUUGGAGAUGGAGAAACCUACACACUGGUUGAUCGCGCUAACCUCUACUGUGGCCACUGUUUUAGUCAAAGCGGUGUCUCAGCCAUGACAUCAAGUUAUUCACACACUGACAGUCCCCAUAUGGUAGCAUUGGUGUUACUCCCUCCUCUAGCAGAUGGACAGCGAGGCUUGACUUUGUCAAAGGACCUCAGCCAAGAAAACAAUCCUGUUGUGACAGUGACAAGGUUAGAUUCAGCUACCCUCGGUGUUGACCAAUUGUCAUCUCUCCACACUGGUGACAGAGUACUGGAGGUCAACUGUAUCCCAGUCUGCAACAUUUCCCUAGAUGAGAUGAACCAUGUGAUUCAGGAUACAAGCAGACCACUGCAACUCACAAUUGAGCACAACCCACACUCUGAUGACACCCACCUUGACUCCAGCAAUCUCCAAGACACCGUCAACUGUCCUGACCCAUGUGUCCACGACAAAACUGCUAUAACUUGUAAACUCCCAAGUCUGGAGGAGGAGCAAAGUCCAGCAGGGGAUGGAGAUGAACCAAUGGAGAUGAGCCUCUCACCGCGUCAGCACCAUGAAGCCACGAGGCUGCGAUCCAGACACAUAUUGCGGAGCUACAGUAUAGACAAAUGUCUUUUCUCUGCUGGGGCUCUACCAGUUUUAUCUCAGCAAAGAGACAUGGUUCGGUCCGAGUCUCUGCGUGUUGAUACUGGAGAACGGAAACACCGCAUCUUCAGACCUUCAGAUCUCAUCCAUGGAGAAGUUCUAGGAAAGGGUUGCUUUGGGCAGGCUGUUAAGGUCACACAUCAGGAGACAGGGGAGGUGAUGGUGAUGAAAGAGCUGAUUCGUUUUGAUGAAGAAACACAGAAGACUUUCUUAAAGGAGGUGAAGGUGAUGCGCUGUCUGGACCAUCCCAAUGUACUGAAAUUUAUUGGCCUCUUUUACAAAGACAAACGAAUACAUUUCAUCUCUGAGUACAUCCAGGGAGGAACGCUCAGAGAAACCAUUCAGAAAAUGGACAAGGAUUUCCUUUGGAAUACAAGAGUGAGUUAUGCUAAAGAUAUUGCAGCUGGAAUGGCAUAUCUACACUCUAUGAAAGUUAUCCACAGAGAUCUAAACUCCCACAACUGCCUGGUCAGAGAGAAUCAAACUGUGGUGGUGGCAGAUUUUGGACUUGCCAGGUUGGUUCUGGAUGAGCGGGGACCCAGUAGAACAUCAUCUCUGGAGCGAUGUGCAAAAGGAAUGCUCUCUGAGCUCCGCAGGCCUGACCGGAGAAAGCGGUACACCGUGGUGGGUAACCCCUUCUGGAUGGCCCCCGAAAUGAUUAACGGGAAAAGCUAUGAUGAACGGGUGGAUAUAUUCUCCUUUGGUAUCAUGAUAUGUGAGAUUAUAGGCAGAGUGAGUGCAGAUCCAGAUGACCUUCCCCGGACGCACGACUUUGGUCUGAAUGUAGUUGGUUUCCUGCAGCAGUACCACCCGGCAGAAAGUCCUCCGGCCUUCCUGCCGGUGGCGGCUCUUUGCUGUGACCUGGAGGCUGAUAAGCGUCCUUCCUUUUCAAAGCUGGAGGAGUGGCUGGAGAACCUUCUGUUGCACCUGAACAUCGGCCUGCCACUGCUUUCUGAGCUGGAGCAGCAACUCAGGACCUUCUGGCAGAAACACCAAACCCACUCUCACACCCAGGACAAGAACACUAAUUCUCCUGAACGAAAUUCUUCUCCCCCUCCACAGAGACACAACCAGCGUGCACACACCUCACACAGCCACACAGAAACGGAUCACAUGAACAACCACAAUCAGAACACCACACCCGUUAGCAAUUCAAGGGGGGAAAAGCACACGCACGACCCCGAGGGUCCCCGAUCCGUGUCCGGCAGAGAACGUGAGGAAAACUCUCAGGAAAAGAACUGUGACUUCUCUCAGAGGUGUUGUCAUUUUACAAACAGAGAACUGGACCAAGAUGAGGACGAAAACCCCCCAGGGCUGCCAAAAACUGAGGAAGAGCUUUCAGAACCUCUGGUGGACAACAGCCAGCUGCUAAGCCGGUACAACAACCCCAGACGGAAAUGGAGAGUUCUGUGGGACAGCUCUACAGAGAACAGCUCCUUCCUGUGACCAGGAGGACAUAUGUGGAAUACUCGAAGAGUGGUCCACCCUGGACAGUCACAUGUAGACAAACAAACACACUCUCACCGUCAAACAGUUUAAGGUUUAUGUGGAAAACUCAGUGCACGACAACAGUGUAAUGAAUUUCUGGUCAUAGUACAUUUACCUCGUGUAUCUCUGUAAUUCAGUAUAUUCACUCUGUUCCAGCCUUAAACACAAGCUAUGAAUAAUGUGUUUUGUUUUUUUUACUUUAAGAUACGCUGCAUGAGUUAUUUAUCCAACUACCAUAUGUGUUUGCGCUUGGCAAGUUUGAAGCCGUUAUUCUGUGUAUAUUCUAUUUAAAGGUAUUCUACUAAAAUUGCAACAUAGUAAAGAAAUAUAAGCAUUUAAAAGGUUCAAAACAUUAUUUAAUUUUAUUGUGAGCACAAUUUACAGUAAAUAAAAUCUGAAUAUUGUAUUUCUGAUAUUUACUAUAUUUGCACAAGAGAUGUAACAUUAAUGAUGUGGGCAUUUCUGAAUAUACUACAAAGUAAAAUCACCAGUGUAAAAGCAAAAUGAGAUCACAAUAUAUUAAAUU